AUGACAGACUUUCAAGAGACCCCUGUGGUUAUUCCCGUCACAAAUGGAAAUGGCCAUACCAACGGCGUCAAUGGCGACCACCGCCCCGUCACACCGCCGAAUAAGAACACCGGCGGCAUGUCCCUGACCGAAUAUAGUGCCAACCCCAAGACGCCAUCUUCGGAGAAGAGACUACGCAUCAAGAGCGUUUACCUCCGCCUUAUCGCCAAUGCGACAUCCCGAGUCUACGAAGCUUGCAAAGUUACCGCCUUGACGCCCGCCGUUAAUCUCAGCAACCGGCUCGAGUGCAAUGUCUUGCUCAAGCGUGAGGACCAGCAGCCCGUCUUCAGCUUUAAGCUGCGAGGCGCCUACAACAAGAUGGCCCACCUCGACCCGGCUGUGAGCUGGAAAGGAGUUAUUGCUUGCUCUGCCGGCAACCACGCCCAGGGUGUGGCGUAUUCAGCUCGCAAGCUCAAGAUCCCCGCCACCAUCGUCAUGCCCGAAGCCACCCCCAGCAUUAAGCACCUCAACGUCACUCGCCUCGGUGGCCACGUUGUUUUAUAUGGUGCCGACUUUGACGCUGCCAAAGAAGAGUGCUCUAGGAGGGAGAAGCAGGAUGGCUUGAUCAACAUCCCCCUUUGA